UUGGCCAGCGUGCAGGCUCUGCCGGCGUUGAUUGGCUGCUUUCCGCGGGGGCGGGGCCAGAGAGGGUGCGCGCGGCUGAUCAUGGCGGGUGCCGGGGCGCUCCCGCUGCUGCUGCUGCUGCUGGCGGCGGCCGGGGCCGCGGGCGAGCCGUGCCCCGAGCCCACCAUCGCCCCCUCCUAUUACACCACCUCGGACGCCGUCAUCGCCUCCGAGAGCGUCUUCGUGGUGGAGAUCUCCCUGGUCUGCAAGAACGGCGCCCAGGUGAGACCCCCGCGAGUGGGGGUGUGGGGAGGGGUCCCUCACAGCCCCCCCGACCCCCUCCCAGCCCCCCCUGAGCGAGACGAGGACCCCCAAACUGAACCCCACCGGGGUUUUGGGGGGUUUUGGGGUGCCCCGGUGAGCCCGAGCCUCCCUCAGGGCGCGUGGAGCGGGCCCUGGGUGUCGAGCGAGGCGCUGGCGGCCGCCGUGGGGCUGGUGGUGUAUUACCUGGCCUUGAGCACCAAGAGCAGCAUCCAGGCCUGAGAGCCGGAAACAGCCGGAAACACCCGGAAACAGCCCGGGAACACCCUGAAAACACCC